CCACAGGCUGUGUGACUUUAAUGGUCUAUUUGUUCAUGAGGCAUUUCGCCUAAAACUGCAGUCACACUGAGCUAAACAUAUUGCAGACAUGGGAUGGACCUAUUGUGUUAUAUGGUUUUUGUGUUUGUCAGUGAGUGAGUGCUGGCAGCUGCCUUACACUGAGCCUGAAAUACGUGGGGAGGUCCAGUCCCCUCAGUAUCCCCAGCCUUAUCUUCCAAACCUGCUGAAGCAAUGGCACCUCUGGGUUCCUAAGGGAUACAAGAUCCGGCUGUCUCUAACACAUCUGGAUAUUAAAGCUUCUGCAGGCUGCUAUGAAGACUCUCUGAUGGUUCUUGAAGAUCAAAAGAUCUUGGGAAAGUUUUGUGGCCAGGAAAAUUCAACUGAUCACCCAGGCAAAGAGCUGAUCCUUUCUCAAAGCAACAGGCUAACUCUCAUUUUCCAAACAAAUGACUCCACUGCAGAACCCCAACAGCACACUGGCUUCUUUGCUACCUACAAGGCAAUAGACAUAGAUGAGUGUUUGAAGGUGGACUCUGCAGAUGGCUCAGGUCCACUCUGCUCGCAGAUCUGCGUCAACAGCCCUGGUUCUUACCACUGCUCCUGCCACAAUGGAUACAAAAUUCAUUUAGACCAGCGCACAUGUCUGUUCUCCUGUAGUGGACAUAUAUUUACCAAGCAUGAGGGACACCUGUCUAGUCCAAAGUACCCUGGCCCCUCACCUCCUUUUCUCUCCUGCAAGUACAUCAUCUCUGUGGAGCCCAGAUUCACUGUCACUCUCAACUUCACUGACAAGUUCCACAUAAUGAGUGUGGACACUGAGCAAGGACCCAGGUGUUUACAUCACUGGCUGCAGGUGACCAUCCCAGACAGAGAGCCAAUGAAGUUGUGUGGUGGGAAGGGUCCAGGUCUGAUAGCUACAAAUGCCAGUACUGUCAGACUGGACUACCACACUGAUGACGAAGGCCUGAGUCAUGGCUGGGGCCUGGAGUACUACACCACAAAGGUAAUUGAUUGUGGAGAACCUGAACCUUUGCUAAAUGGAGGGAUGACCUUUCAGAAUCAGUAUCAUUCUGUUGUUCAGUAUCACUGUAAUGAACCAUUUUACACUUUCCCAGGGGGUGCAAAUGUUACUUUCACCUGUGAAUCAGACGGAAAGUGGAGAUCCAAACACAGCGAUGUCACUCUAACGUGUAUACCUGUCUGUGGCAAGCCCACAAAACAAAUCUUUACCUAUCAAAGGAUCAUUGGAGGCAGCAAAGCUCCAGAUGGUACUAUCCCCUGGCAAGUUUUAUUGAAUAUAAAUGGAAUAAGGGCAGGAGGGAUGGUGAUUGCAGACAACUGGAUUAUGACUGCAGCUCAUGACCUAACACACACUGGAAAACCAGUAUCGAACAAGACUGUACGGGUGGGUGGUCUUGUGCCUACUAUAGCCUCCAUUUUUGACUUGACAUUUAUUUCCUCCUAUGCUGUUUAUUUGCAGGCUUAAUCAAAGUGAUUUAUUGCCUUAAUCAAAGUGAAUGAAUCAAUCACGUUCAACUCAUCAAUUAUGCCGAUAUGUUUGCCACCAGAGGCUGCCACCUACGUCACUGGCAUGAUGGGAAUAGUGUCAGGCUUUGGUAUUAUGAACAUUUACCCCCCACGGAUGACAAAGAAGCUGAUGUAUGCAGACCUCCCUGUGGUGGAGCAGGAGACAUGUCUUAAUUCAGUCAAUAAGGUGAAGAUGACAAGAGACAAUGUACCAGAUCUGACAAACAAUAUGCUUUGUGCUGGAGUCCCUGAAGGUGGGAAGGAUUCAUGCCUAGGUGAUCAUGGAGGCCCCUUCGCUCUUAAACAUGCUGGACAGUUCUGGGCUGCUGGGAUUGUCAGCUGGGGGGUCGACUGCGGACAGCAGCGAAUGUAUGGAGUCUAUACCAGAGUCAGCAACUAUGUGGACUGGAUCAAAAAGACUAUGCGAGAGAACUGAAAUUUACUGUAAUUCAUUACAACGUGAUAUAAAAAUAAUAAUUAAUCAAUUACUUAAAAUAAUUCAAUGGAUGCCUUACUCAUUGUGAAGUCGUCACUCUGUAUUUAA